GGUGGCCACUUUGACAGUGUUCUCAUGCUGCCCCUGCCACCUUCUCGGUCUGAAGAUAUCAUUUCAACUCUAACACAGCAUGAUCGAAACAUAUAGCCAAACUGCUCCCCGAUCUGUGGCCACCGGACCACCCGUCAGUAUGAAAAUUUUUAUGUAUUUACUUACUGGUUUUCUCAUCACCCAGAUGAUUGGGUCAGCACUUUUUGCUGUGUAUCUUCACAGAAGAUUGGACAAGAUAGAAGAUGAAAGAAAUCUUUACGAAGAUUUUGUAUUCAUGAAAACGUUACAGAAAUGCAACAAAGGAGAGGGGUCCUUGUCCUUACUGAACUGUGAGGAAAUUAAAAGCCGGUUUGAAGCCUUUCUCAAGGACAUAAUGCUAAACAAAGAAGCGAAGCAAGAAAAAAGCGUUGCGAUGCAAAAAGGUGAUCAGGAUCCUCAAAUUGCAGCCCACGUCAUAAGUGAGGCCAGCAGUAACACAGCGUCUGUUCUGCAGUGGGCCCCGAAAGGAUACUACACCCUAAGCAGCAACCUGGUAACCCUCGAAAACGGGAAACAGCUGGCCGUGAAAAGACAAGGACUCUAUUACAUCUACGCCCAAGUCACCUUCUGCUCCAAUCGGGACACUUCGAGUCAAGCUCCGUUUGUAGCCAGCCUCUGCCUGAAUUCCCCGAGCGGAUCGGAGCGGGUCUUGCUCAGGGCUGCAAACGCCCGCAGCUCCUCCAAGCCUUGUGGGCAGCAGUCCGUCCACUUGGGGGGCGUAUUUGAAUUGCAUCCCGGUGCUUCGGUGUUCGUCAACGUGACUGAUCCAAGCCAAGUGAGCCACGGGACGGGCUUCACGUCUUUUGGCUUACUCAAACUCUGAGCGGUGGCACCCCUUGCGGGCUGCCAAAUAGCAAAGCAGUUAAGACCACCCCCCUGUUGAACUGCCUAUUUAUAACCCUAGGAUCCUCCUCGUGGAGAGCUA